AUGGCCCGCGCGCCCAAGACUGCUCUCCCACUCUCCGGCGCGACUGACGCGCGGGACACGCCUGAAUCGGUUGACUCGCCCCAUUCGCUGACUCUCACCGCCACUGCCGCCGCAGCUGCCUCUGCUGCCAGCCACAUGGCCAUUACCGAUGCCUUGGUCCAGGCCUACUUGGCCAUGGUGGUGAACGACGAGCGGACUGGCGGACGUUCUUGGCCUACACGGGCCAUUCCGGCCCAGAGCCAGACCCAGGCUCAUCACCAGCCGCAGCCGCAGCCGCAGGAACAACAGGAGUUGCAGCAGGUCAAGGAGGUCGCGGAGCCCGGUGUCGAAACAUCGACUGCUGCCAGCACCAGCACCAGAACCAACACCAGAACCAGCGACCGCACUGGCUUCGUCAAGCGCAACGGCGCUGCCCGCAAAUUUACCGCCAACCUCUGA